AUGAAGCAACAUCAGGCUGAGGAUGCAAGCCUAUUGUUGUAUACAUAUGAUAUCGUACUUGAUGGAUUUGCAGCGAAGCUUAGCAGUGGAGAGGCUGCAGCUUUAGAGAGCAUGGAGGGUUGCUUGGCCGUAAUCCCAUCAUGUGCAAGCCAAAUCCUUACAACCCAUUCGCCGCAGUUUUUGGGUCUGGGAGGCUCGCAUAACAACUUGUGGCCGCUGUCCCAUUACGGCAAAGAUGUGAUUGUGGGCGUGAUUGACAGCGGAAUAUGGCCUGAGAGCAGAAGCUUUAAUGAUAAAGGCCUGGGACCUGUGCCCCCAAAAUGGAAGGGCGUGUGUCAAAGCGGCGACAUGUUCGAUUCCUCUCAUUGCAACAGGAAAAUCAUUGGAGCUCGCUAUUUCUUUAGAGGCUACGAAGCACACCAGGGCAAACUCAACAAGAGCGAGAUAAAUUCGGCGAGAGACAGCGAGGGCCAUGGCACGCACUGUGCUUCGAUUGCUGCGGGGUCGGAAGUGGGAGGAGUGAGUUUCAAUGGUUUUGGCAACGGAACGGCCAGAGGGAUGGCUCCUCAGGCCAGAUUGGCCGUGUCUAAAGUCCUCUGGGAUGGUAAUGUCGACGACUGCGACCAACUUGCUGCCAUAGAAAUGGCCGUUUCAGACGGCGUGGAUAUUAUUUCUUUGUCGCUUGGCUACGAGGAAAGGCCUUUUUGCAAGGAUCCCCGAGCCAUCGGAGCCUUCAAAGCGAUGGCCAAGGGCGUGGUCUUUUCGUCUGCAGCCGCCAACGAUGGACCUUUUUCCGCUUCCCUCCGAAACACGGCUCCGUGGUUGAUAACUGUUGGAGACAGCAGUAUGGACAGAAAAUUUCCCGCCGCUGUAAGAAUUGGCAAUCAUGAGAUCUACAGAGAUUCUUCUCUUUCUCAAGCUGCUCAAGUAACUGAACCAUUGCCUGUGGUAUAUGUAUCUCAAAAUAAAAGCACCAGGCGCUGCAUCUCAGGUCUCCAUCCCAGCAUGGUGAAAGAUAAAAUUGUGGUAUGUGAUGUAGCAGAUAGUUGUGAUAACGUGCCAAAUGAAGUUUCAACGCUGGUGAAAAAAGCUGGGGGAGCUGCAAUCAUCUUCGCCAGUGAUAUCUGCUGUGGGUCGGACGAAAUAAUCGGCGAUUAUGAUCUGCCCUUUAUUAGCGUCGAUUUUGCAGACGGAGAGAAAAUCAAAAAGUACAUAAACAGUACCAGUAAUCCUACAGCCGCCGUAAGGCCAACAGGAUUGACAGUGGUAGGAAAGGCGGUAAGAGCUUCUAUUGUUGCUUCCUUUUCUUCGAGGGGGCCCAGUUGGGAAUUUCCAGAUAUACUGAAACCAGAUGUGGUUGCUCCCGGCGUCAACAUAUUAGCACCCUAUAAGGGAGGACGAUACAUGUGCGAGUCAGGGACAUCCAGGUCGUGUCCGCACGUAAGUGGCCUUGCAGCGCUCAUACGAAGCGUUCAUCCUUCCUGGAGUCCUGCCGCUAUUAAAUCGGCUCUCAUGACAUCUGCUUACGUCCGUGACAACAAAGAUCAGCCCAUCAAAGAUGCAUUCGAUGGAAAGCCGCACACCCAUUCGCGUUGGGCUCAGGUCAUGUAA